AUGGAAAGAAGAGAAAAUGUUGAGACAGAGUUUAUCAAAUGUGCUGAGCAUGCUAAAAUCUCUAAUAUGCAGAAAUCUCUCAGUAAGAAAGCAAAAGAGCUUUCUAUUUUAUGUGGAAUUGAGAUCGCAGUUAUUAUCUUUUCCAUUGGAGGUCAACCAUUUUUCUUUAGUAAGCCUGAUGUUGAAUCGGUCGUCCACCAAUUUUUGGAGUCCAAUCAACCAAGUGCAUCUUCGUCAAGCCGUUAUAUAAUGAAGAAAAGGAAGGUAGAAGAAAGUGAGAACAAAGGAAAAGUUACUGAAGAUCCACAAUUUGUGCUUGAAAUGAAUGAUGCUAGUUCUUCGACUUUGCCAUCUAAUUGGUUGAGUCUUUAA